AUGGCAGGGACAAACGCAGUGGACUUCAACCAUAGGCAACAUGGUGCGCAGCAGUGCAAAAAUGUUGCGGAUAUGAGGUGCAGGUAUUUGUAUGAUUGCCGAAUUUGGGCAGCAAAAAAUGGACGAAUUCUACUUUGCUACCCAAGAAAUUACGUUAAAAAACCGCCUAGCCUCAUCAGCCCAUCUCCACCAGUACCCACAGCAUCGGGAAAUAAUGCGUACAUGCUCUACAUCUUCAACAGAAAUGGAGUCUGUUUGCUUUACAGAGAAUGGAAUCGACCCCUCAAAACCCUCAAUUCCCAGCAGGACCAUAAGCUCAUGUUUGGGCUCCUAUUCUCUCUCAAAUCCCUUACCGCUAAAAUGGAUCCCACUUGCGUUGACAAAGGGAAUCUCGGGGUGCCACAGUUACCUGGGCAAGGGUGUUCAUUUCACAGCUUCAGAACGAAUACAUAUAAACUGAGUUUUAUGGAGAGUCCAUCUGGAAUUAAGAUCAUCCUUGUCACCCACCCGAGGACUGGAGAUCUUAGGGAAUCCCUGAAGUACAUUUAUAACUUGUAUGUUGAAUAUGUUGUCAAGAAUCCACUUUAUUCACCAGGAACUCCAGUUAGAUGUGAGCUAUUUGAUACAACCGUUGAUCAGUAUGUUAGAGGGCUUGGUUGA